AUGACUAAAUCUCAUGUCAUUUUCUCUGCCUCCAUCGCUCUCUUUCUCCUACUCUCCAUCUCGCAUUUCCCGGGAGCUCUCUCUCAAUCCAAUAAAGAUUGCCAAUCAAAAUCCAACUACUCAUGUAUAGACAAAAACAAAGCAUUAGAUCUCAAACUCUUAUCAAUCUUCUCAAUUCUCAUCACUAGUCUAAUCGGUGUUUGCCUCCCGUUCUUUGCCCGAUCAAUUCCCGCUUUCCAACCCGAGAAAUCUCACUUCCUCAUCGUAAAAUCUUUCGCCUCCGGAAUCAUCCUUUCCACUGGUUUCAUGCAUGUCUUGCCUGAUUCUUUCGAGAUGCUUUCAUCUCCUUGUCUUAACGAUAACCCCUGGCACAAGUUUCCUUUCGCCGGCUUUGUAGCCAUGAUGUCUGCCGUGUUCACGCUCAUGGUUGACUCUAUUACCACCAGCGUCUUCACCAAGUCAGGAAGGAAAGAUCUACGUGCUGACGUAGCAUCCGUUGAGACUCCUGACCAAGAGAUAGGGCACGUACAGGUUCAUGGCCAUGUUCAUAGCCAUACUCUUCCUCACAAUCUUCAUGGAGAGAAUGAUAAAGAGCUUGGUUCUUAUUUACAGCUUCUGCGGUAUCGUAUUCUUGCAAUCGUAUUGGAGCUAGGAAUAGUGGUGCAGUCGAUAGUGAUAGGACUAUCGGUAGGAGACACUAACAAUACUUGCACCAUCAAAGGACUCGUCGCUGCGCUUUGCUUCCAUCAAAUGUUCGAAGGCAUGGGUCUCGGCGGUUGCAUCCUUCAGGCGGAGUACGGGUGGGUUAAAAAGGCGGUGAUGGCUUUCUUUUUUGCGGUGACGACGCCUUUUGGAGUGGUUCUAGGGAUGGCACUAUCUAAAACAUACAAAGAGAAUAGCCCUGAAUCGCUUAUAACAGUUGGGUUGCUCAACGCUUCCUCGGCAGGACUACUCAUCUACAUGGCUUUAGUUGACCUUCUAGCUGCCGAUUUUAUGGGUCAAAAAAUGCAAAGGAGCAUCAAGCUUCAAUUAAAGUCAUAUGCUGCCGUUUUGCUUGGUGCUGGUGGCAUGUCCGUCAUGGCCAAGUGGGCUUGA